CCACUAGUUCGCAAUGAUUAUGCACUAGGUUAUUGUUCCAAUACUCCGCACUUCAUAGAGAGUCGAAAUCCCUCUCUAGAUCGCAACUGCUUCUUCUCUCCGGUGCAGUGCAUGCUCACGCCACCUCAAAAACACAAACAACCGUGGGUCAUCGACUCGGGUCGUCGGCUUUGA